UGAGGAUUUCCUCGCAUCAAUCCUAUUUCCUGUCUUUGAAUAUAUAUUUCCUACACAUCUCAAUUGAAGCUCCUGUCUAAGUACACUUCUCGCCACCAUGUCUCUUGCAACCCUUGACGUUACACAGCACCCCUACCUCCCGUCCGCAUCGGAGACUCUCUUCCACGCAAAAGCCACCAAAAAAUUGAGUUUUGAGCAAAUUGCCCAACACAUUGGCCGCAAUGAAGUGGCCGCGGCCGCCAUCUUCUACGGCCAGGCCAAGGCCUCCCCCGAAGAUAUUGAGAAGCUCGCGUCGCUCCUUGACAUUCCUCACGACCUGCUCGAAGAAAAGCUCAGUGGUUUCCCCGACCGUGGUCGCACCGUCGAGAUGCCUCCCAAGGAGCCGCUGAUCUACCGGUUGUACGAGAUCGUACAGAACUAUGGGUAUGCGUACAAGGCGGUGCUGAAUGAAAAGUUCGGAGAUGGUAUCAUGAGCGCUAUCUCGUUCUCGACGAAGGUGGAGAAGGAGACAGAUCAGGAUGGAAACAACUGGGCUGUGAUCACUCUGCGUGGAAAGUGGUUGCCGUUCUCGAGGUUCUAAGCAGAUAAGUCGCUAGAUUAAGGUAGGAUGAGUGGGUAAAUAGCUUUUUGUAAAUCAUGUUAAUUAAACCUUCUUCGGUGGCAUCCC